AUGGCAGUUGAAGCUUCUGAUGCUACAGACGUAGCAGGGGUAGCCAAGGAAUGGGACUCUUAUGAGGAUAUUAGAGAACGACUUCGGGGUCCGGGUAAAGAAAAGGAAAAGGAUGAAAAGAAAGAAAGUACCAUCCUAGCUCCUGGCCCAGCCUGUCAAGACAUCAGCACCAGUGUGAAACAGAAGAGCUUUCUCGAACCUUUGCUUAGCAAAAUGGCAUUGACUGCGAAACGCCCUGUGCCCGGCAUAGAUCAGUUGAAGGAUGAAAUACAAUCACUUCUACAGAUGAACAAAAGGGGUACUGAUUUCGACUGGGAUGAUGUGGCUAAAGCAGGGUGGUGUCUACGAAAGCUGUGCGGCUUUGUUAAAGCCAAGUGCAGACGACACGAAGAUGAGGUGGACAAGGUCAAUGCGAAGGUCAAACAAAGGCUUCAGAAGAAGGGUCGGAAGGCAACUGUCGCUGAAGAUGAAGAUGCCUGGGAUGAGAGUUCAUCAUCGGACGGGGACCAGAGCAGUGACGAUGACAAUGAUGGUGAUCGUUUGGACCAUGAUGUCAAGAGCAAUGGUGAUGAAAACAAGGACAAGGAAAAGACCCUUGAACCCAAUCCCCAGGAUGCCUGUUUGGAUGACAAGGCAAAGCAAAGAGCAGCCAUUAUGGCCAAGCUGGAGGAUCUUUCUUCAGUACCUGUUCCUUCCGAGCCUGAACCUGUGGUAUCCCCUGAGUUAUCGACAGAAGAACGGCGUACCAAGUAUCAAAAAAUUGAUGCUGGAGACCAAGAAGAGAAUGGAGAUGAGAAUGGAGAAAAGAAAGACAAGACAGACAAGCCACGCCCAGGGAUGAAGUCAAACCCCAAGGGAAAGAAGACGGAGUUGUUCACGGAGUCUGAGGAUGAGGCUGGACUGAGACGAAGGAACAUGUUCAUCGACAGGACCAAAUCGACUCAACUUCCCGUGGACGUGGAAGAGGUCCUGGGGGACGUGGAAGAGGUCCUGGGGGCCGUGGACGAGGAGAAGGAGUUGACAGAGGAGGAGUGGGAUGCAAUGGCUGUAGAGGAAUACUACAACAUGUGGUAUGAGGAAAUGGGUGACGAUGGUUCCAAUUGGACAGAUGAUUGGUCGAAGCCACCCCAAGCAUUUGAUCGCUAUGCCCACCUUGAUGGAAAAACUUCAAUGCACAAGCUCAAGGAUGCUGAUGGUGAUGAUGGUCCCAAACCUAGCAAAACGGAGAAGAAAGGAAAAAGCAAGGAUGAUGACAACCAUGAAGGCAAACCAACCAAAAAGGAGAAGAAGGCAUGCAAAAAAAAGGUUGAGGCCGAGGAGGAGGAACCCGCUGCACGAAAAAAGGCAUCGAAAAAAAGCAAGAAAGCAAACAAAGUUGAACAGGAGGAUGAUGAGGUGGUGAAGGUCUGCCGUGUUCCCAAACAGGAAAGAGAACAGGUUGCCCAGAUUACGGCAUACUUGAGGUCCAUCAACUACCUGGGGGAGACAGUUCGAAAGGCCAAGGACUUGACUGAAGCUUCCAAGACGGUGCUGCGUGAGAAUACCCCAAAUUCUGAGGCAGCUUUCCUGGACGAACUUUCCAGCCAACCUCGUGAGUCUCAUGAAUCUUUGGCAGACGACCCACUGACGGUUGAGAUCAAAGAGUCUCUCAAGUCUGCAGCCCUUAAGGCUGCAAAGCGUGUGGAGUUCGUGCUUAUCGUCCUGAUGCUGUGCUGGACUUAUUCCGUUGACGAGGAGUAUGAGGUCCUAGAGUUCUUCGCUGGAGUUGGUAAUCUUACCAAGCAAGCUCUGGCAACGGGGUACAAUGCCCUUCGCUUCGACAUCUUGGAUAACCAGACCUGUGCAUUGAUCCUUUUGGUCACGGCGCUCGGCGGAGUUUGGAGCCUGGAGCAACCAGAUGGCUCGGUAUCUCGAGUGUCCUGGUGGAUGGCCCACUACAAAUCUCCAACCCCCAAACGCCACUACGCGUAUGCCAACUCUGAGAAAGUCCUUCAGUUAGACAAAGGUCCACUUCGCGCAGUUGAUCGUAAAGCUAAGAAGGAUCGUAUCAAAACAGCAGAUCACUAUUUCAACAAGCAAGGUAAGAAGUGCUACAAAGGUACGAAGCAUCUUCGUUCAACGGAGGUCUAUCCAAUGCCCUUUGCACGGACCUUGGUGGAUAUGCUGGAUGUUAUGAAGUCCACGGCAAAGGGCCAACCUGCGCUACCCAUGGAGCUGCCACCAGCUUUGACAACCAUGGGGGAACCAUGGCCAAUGGCAGAUUGUGAGUGGAGUUUUGCAGGGUUUGGUGAAGUCUUUGAUUACUUGAGAGGCAAUCGUAAACUCGAGAUUCCUCCUGAGUACCGAGCUGUGAUUCCGAGAAAGAUCGGAUGA